AUGUCUUUCCUUCGAUCACGGUUCCUUAUAAACGCCAUACGAUAUGCUUCAAGUUCGGCUCGAAGCCGUGUAUUCCUUGAUGUCAAUAUUGGAGAUACACACGCAGGAAAGAUAACAAUAGAACUGUUCAAUGACGUUGUACCAAAGACUGCAGAAAACUUCCGAGCGUUAUGCACCGGAGAAAAAGGCAAGGGAAGAAGUGGAGUUCCACUUCAUUUUAAGGGCUCAGCGUUUCAUCGCAUUAUACCCGAGUUCAUGAUCCAGGGCGGGGACUUUACUCUGGGAGACGGACGAGGGGGUGAAUCUAUAUAUGGUCAUAAGUUCGAGGAUGAGAACUUUACACUAAAGCAUAGUGGUCUCGGAUGUGUUUCAAUGGCAAACGCGGGUCCAAACACAAAUGGCAGUCAAUUCUUUAUAUGUACUGCCGACACUCCUUGGCUGGAUGGCAAACAUGUCGUAUUUGGUCAAGUAACUGAUGGACUGAGUGUGGUGAAAAAGAUUGAAUCAAUGGGAUCACGAACUGGGAAGCCGAAGGAAAAGGUUACAAUAGUGGAUUGCGGAGAAGAGAAACUUGCAGAAGCUGAAGCAGCUUAG